AUGUCUAAGAACGGAUACUCUGUUCUGCAGAGCCUCUCCGAAAAGGCCUCUGCGCGGACGAUUCAGGUCACCGUCGUGCCGAGACCGACUAGAUUCUCCGAGAGACGCGCCGUCUUGCAUUCGCUGCAGAAAUUCGCCAACGUUGAGGUAUUCAAGAAGCUAGAAAACCACGACUCUUCCUUCAUAUCCGUUCUCAGCGACAAAUCGAAAGUCAAGGACCUCGCCAAGAUGAGCCCGCUCAAGUAUCAACUCGCGACACCUCGAUCCAACGGUUCCGUAAAGUCGUUCCUGACCGGGUCGGCAGUCACCGGCCCCUUUGCCAACGCGAAUCAUCAAGAAGGAGUCGAGGACGGCGCUGCGGGGACGGACGACAAGAAGGAAUUCACGGUGCACAUCUUCCCAGCCCCGACAUACAUACACUCCGCGGCCAUCAAGGCCCAUCCUUUACAUGGCCCAUGGCCGACUUCACGACGAGAAACGACAAUGUCUUCUCAAUUGAGGGCAUCUUUGCCAAAGGAUGUUACGGCCGACGGCUUGUCGGAUUGGGAGCAUGGUGGACAGUCAAAGUCGUCAACCAGAGGCCAGCUAUGGGAAGAUAUUCUGCUCGGCUCCAAGUCAAUUGAUGUCAAGAAGCGCGCCAUCAUCGAUCGCAUCAAGAGAAGAGAGCAAAAAGGAAAGGCGCCCGCCAUUAUGGAAGGCCUGUUGCAUCUCAAAGAAAGCCAGCCAUGA